ACACUUCAUAAUCUACUUACAGGUAAAAUGAACCUUGACUAAGGCCCUUGAUACCAGAAAGUCGUCGCUUCCACUUCGCACCAGUAACUUCCAUACUUCCUCAUAUAACAAUAACUUUUCGCUCAUCUUCUGGCUGAAGCUGCAGAUACUCUUACCUACUUCAGUCGCGGAACAUGUCAGCUAAUCCUGCUUUAGUCCAAAUCUCGAAUGGCGAGCUAUGGCCUGCUCCAUUCCCAAGUGAAGUUUUCGUCCUCCGCCGUGAAGGUGUACAGUGUGAACUUCAUGGCGUCCAAACAAAAAUAAAGGGCUGGCAGGCGCGCGGGGCGCUGUACCUCUCCAACAUCCGCCUCGUCUUCGUAGCAUCCAAGACAGACGAGUCAGGCCUGGUUGCGUUUGACUUCCCGCUGGUCUACAUCCGCAAUGACUCACUCAACCAGCCCAUCUUUGGCUGCAACAACCUGGCAGGCCAGGUGUGGCCCGCAGUGGAGGGCGGCGGCCCCGCCGGCAGCCUGCCCCCGCACGACUUCCGCGUGUACUUCAAGGAGGGCGGCAUCGGCACCUUCUACCCGCUCUACUACACGCUGGCGGACCGAGCAAAGCAGGCCUUCGCAGCAGCGGAGGGCCGCAACCGCGCCGACCCCAACCCGCCCACCUUCGUGGCGGGGCUCGUGUCGCACGCCUUUGUUGACCCCGCCGACCCCUCCACCAUCUACCUGGCGGAGAGGCAGCCAGUGGGGGAGGAGCAGCGGCUACCGGAGGCACCCAGGUACGCGGCCAACUACGGAGAGGACGAGGUGUACGAAUCCAUGGAGCCGGGGGCGGCGGGGGCGCGGCAGGGGCCGGGACAGCUGCGGACGUGAGGCGGGAACAGCAGCAGCAGCAGCGGACGUGAGUGCUCCAAGGACGUGCAUCAUGCGACCAUGCGAAGGGGAAGCAGGGGCCGGCAUGUCAGCAACGGAAGCUAUUGAGGGGACGACCACAACGUCCAACCAAAACACAGGACAUGCCCACAGCCCCGAAGCCUGCCGUGCUGUUGCUGCUCUGCUGGCUGCUUCUGCU